UCCUGUCUGCCAUUGGUUGGACAGGCUGGCCGCUCGUGCGGGAUCAGAGCAGUCUUCGUUUUCUACUUCAGCUAGCUAACCAGCUAGAUCACAUAUUUUUUUUUCUCCUGAAGACGGAGCCUGGCGUGGGAACGUAUCAGGGUCCCUUUUUGUAAGCAUAACUUUUCCUCCCUUUUCCCUUUUCCUCCUUUUUUUUUUGUUUUUUUUUUUUGUUUUAUUUACUCCCUUCAUUUUGUGUGGAGAAAGCGGCUUUAUCUUUUGAUGCUUUGGAGUCAACCUGCACCCACAGAAAGACAUAAGCUUUGUGGGUCGGAUCACUGCUGGAAAUAUGAGCACAGCCAAGCCCACUGGGAUCAAAGCCCCUAGCAAGAUAGCAAGGGCACAAGGAACUGGAGCCCCGAAGACCAACCCACCCACAGCUAAAGCUGCUGUGGCUGACAAAGCAGCGGCCCUUGGCAGUGGAGGAGAUGGCAAGAAUGCUGAAGACGUGUUCCAGAUCGGGGAGCGAGUCUGGGUGAAUGGAAACAAGCCCGGCUACAUACAGUUUUUAGGGGAGACGCAGUUCGCUCCCGGACAGUGGGCGGGGAUCGUACUCGAUGAGCCGAUCGGGAAGAAUGACGGGUCUGUGGCCGGGGUGCGCUACUUCCAGUGUGAAGCCCUUCGAGGGAUAUUUACCCGCCCCUCCAAAUUGUCGCGCACAGAAGGGGAGGCUAAUGGGACCCAGACUGCACCACCAUCCCGUGCAGCAUCACCCACCCCUUCAGUUGGAAGCGUGGCCUCUCAAACCCCUGCUGCUAAAUCAACUGUGCCCUCAAGCUCCACAGCAACUAAGAAAGCCUCUUCCGCCACACCGGCUGCUGCAGCCUCCUCUAAUUUGGCGCAAACAAACAGCGAGUCUGUCUCCAACCUGUCUGAGAGUGGCUCCGUCAAGAAAGGGGAGAGGGAGCUGAAGAUGGGCGACCGUGUGCUGGUCGGCGGCACAAAGGCAGGAGUGGUGCGUUUCCUUGGAGAAACGGACUUUGCUAAAGGCGAGUGGUGCGGCGUGGAGCUGGAUGAACCUCUUGGAAAGAAUGACGGGGCAGUGGCUGGCACCAGAUAUUUUCAGUGCCAACCUAAAUAUGGCUUAUUUGCUCCAGUUCAUAAAGUCACACGCAUUGGCUUCCCCUCCACGACCCCAGCUAAAGCAAAAACGACGGCUCGAAAAGUUGUGGCCACACCGUCGGGGCUGAAGAGAAGCCCCAGCGCCUCUUCAAUCAGUACCAUGAGCUCAGUGGCAUCUUCUGUUAGCACCAAGCCGAGCCGUACAGGCCUGCUCACUGAAACGUCAUCAAGGUAUAAUCGGAAGAUUUCCGGCACCACAGCGCUGCAGGAGGCCCUGAAGGAGAAGCAGCAGCAUAUUGAGCAGCUAAUGGGUGAGAGGGACAUGGAAAGAGCCGAGGUGGCGAAGGCCAACAGCCAUGUAGGCGAGAUGCAGCAAGAGAUCAGCCUCCUAAGGGAAGAUCAAGAACAGAUGGAGGCAAAAAUGGAUCAGCUGCGUUCCUUGGUGGAAGCUGCAGACAAGGAGAAAGUAGAGCUGCUAAACCAACUGGAGGAAGAGCGCAGGAAAGUGGAGGAUCUUCAGUUUCGAGUAGAGGAAGCUUGCAUUACCAAAGGAGACCUGGAGACGCAGACCAGACUGGAGCAUGCCCACAUUAAGGAGCUUGAACAGAGCCUGCUCUUUGAAAAGACCAAAGCUGAGAAACUCCAAAGAGAGUUAGAAGACACUAGGGUUGCCACAGUGUCUGAAAGAUCCCGUAUUAUGGAACUCGAACGAGACCUUUCGCUGCGCACAAGAGAAGUAGCUGACCUGCAGCUGCGUCUGGGGAUGCAGCAGAACUCUGAGGACUCAAACGCCACCCUGUCUCCACUGUUGGAAGAGAUAAACUCUCUUAGGGAUCAGCUUUCAGCACAAGAAACUAAACAGAAAGAGGAGAUGGAGAAAUAUAAAGAAAAGCUUGAAGCUCAAGAAAAGGCCCACAGUGAGGCAGUCGCCCAGCUUCAGGCCACAUGUGUACUGCUGUCCAGUGAAAAGGAGCAGCUACAGAUGCGCUUAAGCCAAGCAGAGAAGGACAAUGCUGAUACUGUUGAACUAUGGCGUUCAAAACUAGAAGCUACCGUUGCUUCUUCCCAGCAGGCCAUGGAUGAGCUGAAAGUGUCCUACAGCCAAGGUGCAGGUGCUCAGAUGGAAGAGCUUGCAGAAACCAAAAGUGCUCUGGAAAAGCUUAAGUUAGAGCAUAGAUUAGCUUUAGAAGAAGCUGCAGCCAAACACAAAGCCAAUGCCUCAGCUUUGACCGAGACAGUGCAGGCCCUGAAGGCUCAGCUGUCAGCUGUGACCGAGGAGAAGGAGCGACUGGAAGAGUCGCUGCGGUCCAGUGUUGAGAAAGUAGAGGAGCAGCACCUGGUGGAGAUGGAAGAUGUCCUUGGGAAACUUCAUGCUGCCGAAAUCAGGGUGAAAGAGCUUGAGGAACAAGAAGCCAAGUUGGCACAACAGUUUCAGGACAAGGACACAGAAACCAAAGAGAAACAGGGAGAAAUGGCGUCUCUACGCAACCAGUUAGCACAAAGUAACCAGGAAUGUGCGGCUCUGAAGAGUCGGUUAGAGGAGCUCCAGAACCAAGGAGAAAGCAACGGAGCAAAGGUUGGUGAACUGAGCUCUCAGCUGGAGAAUAAAGAACAGGAAGUCGCAUCCUUACAGGAAACUCUGACUGCACUCAAACAGCAGAAGGAAAGCAUGAGCAAAGAGAUUGAAAGCCUGAGUCAGAGGCUGCUGGUCAGCACAGAAGAGCUGAAUAAAUCGGCUCAAACAAUGCAAGAAACACUUGAGAAGCUUGGUAAGAAGGAGGAACAGUGCACAUCCUUAAUGAACGAAUCGGAAUCCCUAAGAAGUCAGCUUGCGGGAAUGGUGAGAAAACUAAAGGCUUCUGAUGAAAAGCUUGAGCAGUUUUCAAAGGACAAAAGCAAGCUGGAAAAGGAUAUUUCCGACAUGAUGAAGGCAUCUGGUGACAGUUCAGAUCAACUUACUAAAAUGAAUGAAGACCUCAUGCAGAAGGAAAGAAGACUGGAGGAGUUGCAGAAUCAGCUGGCAGAGGAGAAGGAAAAGGUGGCACACCUGGAUGAAAAGCUCCUGAAAGAGGAGUCAAACAAAGAGCAACAGCUGAGGGAGGCUAAAGACGCACAUCAGUCUGAAACAAGUAGUCUGCAGGAGAAGAUAGUUGCGCUGGAAAACUCUCUUAAACAGAGUGAGAUUCGAGUUGAGGAUCUGAAGGCCUCACAAGAGCAAUCCCUCUCUGAGGCUUCAGAGCUCCAUCUAAAGGAACUUGAAGUUCUGCAAACACAGAUCGAUAAGUUGAAGCUGGAGCUUUUGACCUCUAACAACAAAACCGAGGAGCUGGAGAAAACGGUGGGUGAGCUGCAGCCAUACAAAGAACAGGCACAGCUACUGUCUGCUGAGCUUGACUCCUGCAAGCAUGAGGUUGACAAUAUGUCGAAAAAACUGGACAAGCAGAAUCUCGAUCUGGAAUACAUGCUUAAGAAAAGUGAAGAAACUCAAGCUGAGAGAGACAGUUUGGAGAGGCAGCUUUCUGAGAUGCAAAAUAAACUUUCUUUCCUCGAGACGAGUUACAAGGAGGUUUCAGCGCAGAAUGAAGAACUGCUGAUGACUAUUGAUAAACUGUCAAAACAUCAAGAUGAGUUACAGGUCAGUACCAAACAACUGGAUGAAGAGAAGACUACACUAAAGAAGGAAAUUGAAUCCCUCCAGCAUCUCCUGCAGGAAGCAAAAAUAAAAAACGAAGUACUGCAACGCAGUGAGGGGGAAAACUUGGCCAAAAUUGAAGAGCUUCAAAUAGCAAAUACUAAGAUGAACGACUCUCUCUUAAAAUAUCAGAUGGACAUGCAGCAAAUUGAGUCAAAUAAGAAGCAGCUGCUUGAGGAUUAUGAAAAUAUCUGCAGAGAGAAGAGCCGACUGGAAGAGGACCUUAAAGAAACAAAGUCAACGUUCACAUGUGAGAGAGACAAUCUGAUAUUGGAGCGAGAUUCAGCGAAAAAUGCCAGAAAAGCUGUUGAUGAUAAGAAUGCUGAGCUGCAGGAAAGACUGAAGUCAUUGAACUUGGAAAAAGAAGAUCUGACAAUGAAGAAUAUGCAGAUCCAGGCUCAGGUAGAAACGUUGACAAAUGAGAAAGCUGGGUUGUCAUCUGAAAUUGGUGCCACUGCCUUGGAGAAAAAGAACCUUGAAAUGGAGAAAGAGGAGGUCCUUAAUACGCUCAACCAAACUAAGAAGAACUUGGAUGGUCGAAUUCGGGAAUGUGAAGAGCUUCAGGCCUCUAAAGCCAGCUUGGCUCAGAUGCUAGAAGAAUUCAAGACGAACAGUCAAGUGACGGAUUCAGAAAGGCUUAAUCUGUUGCAGGAAAAAGAAAACCUGCUGGCACUCCAAAGGAAAGUCUCUAAUGAGAAAGACGAGCUCCUCAGAGAGCUGCAAGAGACAAAGGAGAAGGUCCGGGUCUUGACUGAAGAGCUGUCUGCUUCUCAUGAAAAAUCUAAAGUAGCCGUCUCAUCUUUUGAGCAGGAGAGACAAGUGUUGCGUCUUCAGCUCUCAGAGGUGGAGAUGGCACAGCAUGACCUGCGUAAAGAAAAGAUGACGCUGGACUCAGCUUUGGAGCAGCAGAAAAUGAACUUUGAGCGUUUGGCAGAGGAGAAGGGAGAGUUGGAAGGAAAAUACACCAAAGCCAUAUCGGAGAAAGAGACACUAUCUCUGGAGCGUGACAAGCUGGCUGGGGAAAAUCGAACAACUAGGGACCAGUUAGAUAGUUAUAGCAGAGCCAAUGCUGAUCUUAUUCAAGAGAAGGGUCAACUAGAAACACAGCUUGGGGAAACUAGGCACCAAAAAGAUGAGCUAGAAGCUAAGAUGACCACUCUGUUGAAAGAAAAGACUGACCUUCAGAAUGAGGUGCAGAAACAUCUGUCUAAUAUUGAAAGUCUGGAACAGGUUAAACUUGAUCUUGUUGAUGAGCAUAAUAAUAUAAAAGCGGAGUUUGAGAAGUCCAGAUUAGAGCAGAGUCAACAGGUAGAUGACCUCACUAAUGACCUUCAACGUCUGCAGUCUCUGCAAGCCACAGCUGAACAGAAAGUGCUGUCGUUGCAGAAUGAGAACCAGGUUUUACUGCAGGAAGUCCAGGAGCUAAGAGAUCAGAUCGCCUCCGUGUCAGAGGCGAGGAACGCUCUGGAGUCAAAACUACAAGCCGAAAAUGGCGAAAUCCCCAAAGCAAAGGCUGACAGAGACGAUUUGUCCAAACAAAUUGAGGAACUUCAGAAAACUCUCUCCACAGUAACGCAGGAAAAUGAAGAUAUUUCCUUCAAGCUUAAGAACGCUUACAAACAAAACGAGUCCUUGAAAGCAGAUAUUGAGGCUCUGGGAGAAAAACUAAAGCAGCAGGAACAUAAAAACCAUGAGUUUGGAGAAGAGAAGGAAAAACUAUUAUCCAAGCUUGAGGAAAAGGACAAGCAGGUGGCCCUGUUAACCUCGACGAAGGAAGAGCUCUUAGUUAGCCAUUCUAAACUGAAGCAGGACAUUUCUUCUGUUUGUGCUGAAAAAGACAGUUACAUUGCCGAACAGUCAGGGCUUCUCCAAAAGCUGGAAAGUUUGCAAGCAAGCAACCAACAGCUGCAGGAGGAUUUCCAAGCUCAACAAACGGAGAGGGAAAAUUUGGAAAAACAAUACAAGCAGGUUCUGGAGGAGGUGUCAGCAUCUGCUCUUGUUAAAGAAGAAAUAUCAUCCAGUGUUACUCUGCUCUCGGCUCAGAAGGAAGCCCUACAAGCUGAAAGGGACGAAGCCAUCAAGCAAAUCCAGAAGCUCGAAUUGCAACUAAAAAAUGCUAUUUCUGAGCAGCUUGAGGCUAAAGAGGGUUCUGAUAAGAGUGCAGAGGUUCUGGAGCAGCUCACUAAAGAAAAAGAAGUUUUAUUGAAGGAGAGGAACGAAGCGAAUGCUUUGCUGAAGGAGCUCCAGAGCUCCAAGGAGGACAUUCAGACUCAGCUGGAAGCAUUGAGAAAAGAGAACUCAAAGUAUCAAGAAGACCUGGAUUCAUCCAAAGAGCAGCUUUGCACAGAAACCCAGAAGACAAAGAGUCUUUGUCUGGAAAUUGAGGAGCUAAAAGAAGCCGUAUCUGUGAGGUCCGAGUCCCUGCAGAGGCUUCAGGAUGAAAACAGCCGACUGUCUCAGGAGCUGAAGAAUCAUCACAGGGACCAGGGGACACACUCGAAUCUCCAAAAAGAAUGGGAAGAGUUGAAAGAAAGCCUGCCAAAUAAUGCCUUCAGUGAAGCCACACUGAAGCAGCAGCUGAGUAGCGAGAAGGCCGCACUCCAGCACUCCAUUCAUAAAAACAGUGCCUUGGUUGCAGAGAGGGACCAGCAGGUGGAGAACUUGAAGAGUGAGUUGGUUGCCAUGCGUGAAGAAAGUGCCUCAAUAAAAACGCAGCAGAAGACAAUUCAGGCUUUGGAGGAGGAAAGGUCUAAUCUUCAGGAUCGUAUAAAAAGACUUGAGAAGGACCUCACUGCCAGGCCUGAUAAUAUCAACCAGACCUCAGGGGAUGCAGUCUUGGAUCAAUUGAGGGAAGAUAAGGAGACUGCAGAGAAUCAGGAGGCGAUUGAGUUCUUGAAUUCAGUUAUUGUCGACCUUCAGAGGAAAAAUGGAGAACUCAAAGACAAACUGGAGAAAAUGGCAGCCGCUGCUCUCAAUGGGAAUAAUCCAAGUGAGAUGGAUAAUAGCUAUGAAGAGCAGCCAGCAAAGAAGAAGCCUCCUCCUAGAAAGUUCUGCGACAUUUGUGACUGCUUUGAUCUCCAUGAAACAGAGGAUUGCCCCCUACAGGAGCAAAUAGAAGACUCCCCUCCACACACCACCUACCAUGGCAGUAAGGGUGAAGAGCGGCCCUACUGCGACACCUGCGAGGUCUUUGGCCACUGGACUGAAUCCUGCACCGAUGACCAGACCUUUUAAAGCCUUCCUAAAACCGCCGUUCGCACAAUCAGUACAUUUGCACAUCAUGUUGAUUGCUCCAUUCUUUUUCGGGUCUUGGCUUCUGUCUACAUCUCAUGCUUGUUUCUUCCAAGCAUAAUUGUUGUCCACACCAGCCCUCAAGCAGCCUCAUAGAAGAAUGGUUUUCAGCCUGUUUCUGGACAUGAAGAUGUAAACAGAAGGUUACAAACUUUUUUUCAAAGAUACUCUGGAGAAGAAAAAAUGUCCUGGUUUUGAACAAUUUAAUGAAUUUUCUUCAGACCAGCUAAUUUAUCAGUAUCCCACCAUUGUUUGCACAGAUUGUCAGGGGUUACAGAAACGAUAUAUAGUAUCUUAUACGGUGUUUAUUUGAAACUGUAAAAUACUUGAGUAAAACAGUUUUGAGCAAAAAUUAAAGAGCUAUAGUUUAUUUUUUUAUGCCUGGAAAUAGUAUGUACUGUUGAAAAGGGUUUGAUAAAUGUAACUUUUGUCACAGGGGACAGCCUGGAGCAGAGCAAUGAAACCCAUAGCUCUUUGACUUUAAUGGUUGAACUUUUAUAGUCCUUAUGAAAUUGUAUGCUGGGAUAUUAUAUUAAGAUUCUCACUGUAAACUCUCCAUUCCCGUUUCUUAUGGAUAAAGCUGAUUUCUUUUUGCAUCAGUGACUACUUUGACAUCCUUUUCAAUAAGUUUUAAAUAUCUGUAUGAAAAUAAAGUUUAUGGAAGAAUAAAUAAACCUGUCUGCAUGAAAUCAAGAA